ACGUCACAUGAAAAUCAGAACCUCGGAUAGCGGCUUCUGCCAAUGCGCAGCCAUACGGCAGAUAUUUUUUUCCUUCGCGGAUAGACUGAGGAAGGAAUAAUCAUAGGAAAACGAGGUGACAACAACGAUACAAAAAAACACAUAUGUGUUUCAAUUAGGCUAGCAUGCAUUUUUAUGGCAGGAUCCUCUGUUUGUCCGUCCACCAAAUCAAUUUCAAUGGAGGCACUGCUGACAGAAGCAAGUAUUUAUACAAUGCCACGUAAAAUAGCGUUUUAUUGUUGUUGAAUGGACGUAAUUAGUUAUUGGUAGUACACGAACCCGUUAUUUGGUGGCAAAGUUGAUCUGGCAUGGCGAUGUAAUCGGUUUGCUUCGUUCCCAUACUCUGGGGGGUUAUUCCCUGGCAUCUCUGUUCUUCCUGGUGUGUGUUCUGCAGGAGUCGCUGCAGGAAGAACAAAAAACAGCAUGGAAUUUCAAUGGCAAAGGGAUGUGUGUUCUUCUACAGGUUUUUGGUGUCUCGUCCUAUCCUGUUUAAAAUGCGAACACGUUGGAUAGUGAAGUGGCUCUCGGACUUAUCUGGAGAGGGAACCGUGUGGGACAUAUUCUCUAUCUAUCAUCCUGAAAAAAAACUGUGAGGAAACAGGGGAAGAGAAAAAUACGGUGUUCUGAAGUCUAGCAUGGCAUUGAGGGACAAACAAAAGAGAUGGUUGUCAACUGGCCUUUUUUGUACGGACUAAACAGAUGAAAGCAACACCCAAAAAUGACUCGGUGGAAUUACCGAUGACAUAGCGACAUCUGUUUUUUAAUAACAUUGUAUAUUAUCCCUGAGCCUUCAACGCUACCCGCUCCACUCUAUCUUGCUCGCUCUCAGCUUGCGAUAGAAUUUUCUUUCAGAACCUUGGACAGCUCCCGUUAAACGCAAGCUUUGCCAUUGUGCCAUAAGUGACUGGAUCGAAAAUGUACAUGAGGGGAUUCAGUUUGAUCCUAUUGCUGUUUGGUUAUGCUCAUCGCUCACACUGAAAGCUAUCGGGAAUUGUUGUAUUGGCAUCCGUUGAAUACCAAAAGAAACUGCCCAUCCAUGAAAAACUUCCGCAUUGUCUAUCGGCUACACAUGGUAACAGAGAAAAUGUAACAAGGAGUGAUACAAUCUAUUUACAUUGUAAUAUUUUGAUUUCCGUUGACCGAUAUUUUUUGGUCGGCAGUCAUGCGUUUUAUAGAAACUUCUGAUAUUUUUGUUUUGAUAGUAUAGCCCAUAGCUAGAGAAGGCGAUUUGAACCAAAUAGGUUUGCACUUUGUAAUAAAAAUAGGCUACUUACAAAGCUCAUUUUGGCUCUCAAAUCGUGCAUAAGCAAUGCCUGAUUUAUACAACUCAAUUUAUGAAUACCUUCUAUUUUCACCCUACAGCCGCAUUUUGCCUAUGUGGGCUAGUUCAUGAUGUUAAAGUACCGGAUCCGUAUGUUUUUCAAUGAACUGAAAGUGCUGGUUUUGAUGCGGUCUGGCUUAAGACGGGGGACCGAUUCUGACACAAACCCAGACAGGCGAACAAGCAGCAUGCGAGGGCUCGGGGUAGGAGGCUGCGGGUGGCCACCCUUCGACUGCUCUACCCGGGACGACGAAGAAGAGUACUAUGGCACCAAUCCCCGGCCGCGGAGCCUGGCAUUCGAGGAGAAGAAUGCGAAGCUCCAAGCGAGCCUGGACACUGUAUCGCUCACAAGCAGCUUGGACAGUGGCAUGCGCUCGCCGCAGUGCCGAAUCUGCUUCCAGGGCCCCGAACAGGGGGAGUUGCUGAGCCCGUGUCGCUGUGACGGAUCUGUGCGCUGUACCCACCAGCCCUGCCUCAUCCGUUGGAUCAGCGAGAGAGGCUCCUGGAGCUGUGAGCUCUGCUACUUCAAGUACCAGGUCCUUGCCAUCAGCACCAAGAACCCACUGCAGUGGCAAGCCAUCUCUCUGACUGUGAUAGAGAAGGUGCAGAUAGCAGCCAUUAUGCUGGGUUCUCUGUUCCUCAUCGCCAGCAUCUCCUGGCUGGUGUGGUCGUCCUUCAGCCCCUCGGCCAAGUGGCAGCGCCAGGACCUGCUCUUCCAGAUCUGCUAUGGCAUGUACGGCUUCAUGGAUAUCGUUUGCAUAGGCCUUAUAAUCCACGAGGGAUCGUCAGUAUACCGGAUCUUUAAGCGCUGGCAGGCAGUGAACCAGCAGUGGAAAGUACUGAACUAUGAGAAAGCCAAGGACCUGGGCGACCCCAUCAGCUCCAGCGGCAAGUGUGGGGGGCGUGGGGGGCGAAACCCUCCCCACGAAACCCUCCCCACGGCUGACAGGGUGGGCCGGACAGGCCAGCGUGUUAGGACUAUUCUCAACCACCACUGUGGCUACACCAUCCUGCACAUCCUCAGCCAGCUGAGGCCCAGCAACCCUCGCAUCAGACCCACAUCCAACCGCGAGGUUGUCAUGAGGGUCACCACCGUAUGAGACCGGACCCAGCGGGGGUGGCGACGACAAACAUAAGGGCGUGGAUGCAGACAUCCUGCUCCUGAUAAACCCACCCUACGGACAAGAGGGGAGGGAGAGCAGCACAGUUAAAGUUACAGUCACAGACAGUAGGACAAAAUCAUUAAGAAAAAAUUAAGAAAGAAAAAAAAAAUAGCUCCGAUAAAAAAAAAGCUGGAGGACUUUCUUUCACCAGCUGAAUUACAUAAAGCAUUGUCAUUAUUCCUGUUCGUCUGUUUUCUAAGAAAAAAUUGCAAGUAUUAUUAUUGAUUUAGAUUUUAUAAUCGAGAGCAGGUUAAGGAGGAAAAAUGGAAAGGGACAAUUUUUUACAUCUGCCCCCACCAAACGCAUACCACCAAUGAUGACUUACAUCUCCUCCCCCUCCUCAACCCCCUUUCUCACUCUUCAAGGUGUCUGUGACAGACAUUCUCUGUCCACCUGUAACACCUGAACUGUCCCUGUGGCGCAAAGCAUACCGGGAACCACCUAAAGAAUGAGCAAAAAAGUGCAAUAAAACAGUUUAAAGAGAUAUGAUUGACAUAGCAAAAUAAAUGAGAUUCCAACAUUACAAUGCAUCUUCUGCAAUAAAGAAACAUGUACAUGUCAUGGUGAACCCCUA